CCGGCCCAUGACGCCCAGCGGGCGGCCCGCGGGGCCCCGGCGCUCCCCUCAGACCUGGACGGUGAAUUUGGUUGCGAUGGAGACCGUGUCCCUGGAGCACCAGAUCCAGAGCGUGCAGCGGCACAUCGCCUUCCUGAAGAAGGAGCAGAUGGAGCUGCUCCAUGACCUGCACCUGGAGAUCCUCCGCUUGCAGAAGCACUGCUCAGAGCUCACCCACGACCUGGAAAUGAAAGAGCUGGAGGCCCGCCAGCAAGAUGUGCUGGACCGCGAGCUGGAGGAGAAGUGCCGGGCGAUGGAGGCGCAGCUGCAGGAGAAGGAGAAGGACAACCUGGAGCUGCGCAAGGAGCUGCAGCACAAGGAGACGCUGGUGGCCGCGCUGCGCUCCAGCCUCCGCAGCAAGGAGCGCCGCUUCCUGGAGGAGCUCAAGCGCCGGAGCCACCGCGUCACCAUCCUCGACACGGAGCUGCAGAAGCAGACGGAGGCGGCCGCCUACCUCUCGCUGCAGCUGCACGCCACGGCCCAGCGGCUGCCGGGCCCCGAGCAGGCCCCGGCCGAGGGCCAGGCCCGGCCCCGCCGCCGCGGCCACCGAGCGCCCGCCCGGCCGCGGGCCCCGCCGCACGAGGAGCCCGAGGCCAUGCCCGACCCGGCGCUGUUCCUGUACUCGCCGCGGCCGCCCGGCCCGCAGCGCCCGGAGCCGCCCGGCCCGCAGCGCCCGGAGCCGCCCGGCCGGGGCCAGCGGCACCCCCGGCAGCCCCCGCAGGAGCCGGCGGCCAGGGCCAGGCCGGCCAAGGGCGAGCCCGGCAAGAGGCAGGGCUCCGGUGCCCACGGUGCCCACGGUGCCCACGGUGCCCCCCGGGCCCAGGAGUAGGCGGCGAAAGGCCUGAGCCCGGCCGAGGUUCUGUUCUUUCCCCCGUGCCCUCGGUGGAGGGGAAGGGGCAGCCGAAAGCAGAGCCCUGCACACACCUCCCACCCACCGGCAGCCAGAACGAGCCUCUGCCCGAACGGUCUGAGCCGGGGAUGGCACCGGCAGUGCAGCCUCCAGCACCGGGCUGUGAGGGGACACGGCCGAGCACCUGUCACAGCCUGCGAGGAAAGGACGAGAGGAAGAAUAAGGGGAAACAUUUCUGAAAUGAGAUCUUGCUGCUGCCCUCAGAGCGGGUGCCGGGGUGCUGGGAGGUGGGUGAGCAGUGCAGCACACGGUUUGGCACCAUGGGAUGGGCUCAGCCCGGCCUCAGCCCUCGCCAUCACCGGGCACUGAGAGCGCCCAGGACAGCCCAGGCUCUCCAGAACGCAGGCAGCUGAACAGGGUCAAUCCUGUGGGGGACAGAGGGGUCCCCUUGCACAAGGACAGUGCUGCUGUGCUGGCCAGGCCUAUCCCACACUCUGCUGUGCGGCAGUUUGUCUGUCUCCAGCACGGGUUUCCCCCUCAUCACAUUCACAGGACUCAGACAAGGCAGCUGGACAGAGCUUGGCAGUCCUGCUGGACACCCCGUGGCUCCCGCGCCGCUGCAGCCGAGCUCCAUGUGCUGCUGGAGCAGGGCUGCACGCUGUGCCCCCUGCACGGGGCUCUCCUCAGCACCAGCAUUUGGGUUCUCAGUCACGUCCACAGCCAGGUCUGGGUUUGCUGCUGAGGGCUGAGCAGCCCCCCAGUCCUGCCCCAUCGCCUCCCAUCCUCCCCAGCACAGCGGAGCUGCCUUCACCCCGCCGGGGCAGCCUUGCCCCGUUUCCAGCCAAACUGUCAGCUUUACAAUCCACUCCCUGGGUGUUGUGAAACGCCGUUAGGAGGGGAGGGCUUCGGGCAGGGCAAAGGUCUGUGCUCCAGUGCUGCCAGACCUGUGCUGCUCAGGGUAACCCAGGGGCAGGUUUCACCCUGGCAUGCGAGCUGCCAGAGCCGGGCCCUGCCUGCAGCCAGCCCUGCCGGGCUGUGGGCAGCACCUCCCGCAGGACCCUCGCUGCCUCCGUGGCUGCUGCGGGUGACAUCAGACCCUGCUUCCUUCCAAUUCAGUUUGAAGCCUCUUGAAAGACAUCUCCCUCAUAGACUAGCGAGGCUUGGCCUGCCCGCGCUCACCCUCAGUGUGCCCGUGCAGUCAGAGCUGUCUAUUUUUGUAGUUCAAUAUUUAUAUACUCUAUUAAAAUGCUUUAUGAGAUUCACAGCAGCAGUCGCCAGGCCAGCUCUUUGGUAAAAACAAACACCAAAGCGGAUGAGCUGCACUAGCAGGGCAGGAGGUAGUGGCUUUUGUACCUUUUCUUUGGCUGUUACGUGACUAGUCAGGCUUUGGAGGGCAAGAUCCCUCGUGCUCUCCCAGGGCACCCCUGAGGGUUGGGACUCUCCAGCUGCUCCCGUGGUCCCUAACACACCCUGGGUUUGGAAAAGCUCCCAGCAAAGCCUCGCUGGGCAGGGCCCCCCUCACAGUUGUCAGGCAGCAGCCUGGCUUGAAGCUGGGCUGAGGUGUGCAGCUCCUGGGGCACAAAAGCUCUAGUGGGAAUUUUUGCAGCCCCUGAGGUAUCUGGAGCUGCUGCCUCAGGAGCACAGAGCCCUCAGAGCCCCCAGCUGUCCCCCCAGACUGCCACAGCCAUGGGAGGCUGCAGGGAGCCCUGGCAGGGUGCUCACAGGCUGUGGCUGCAGAGCUCCAGAUGCCCAGGUUGUGCCCAGGUUGUGCCCAGGUUGUGCCCAGGCUGUGCCCAGGUUGGGCAGGUGCAGGGCAGCACGGGGGGCUCUGAGCUGCAGGAGGGAGAAAAGCCCUGAGCUCCCUGGCAUGGCUGCAGAAUGCUCCCCCUGCACGGUGAUCAGGCAGGCUGUGCAAGGCCCAGCUCUGGGGUGAGCUGGGAGUGCUGGCCCUGCUGUCACCUGCCCACGGGGACAGUGAGGGGGUUGUUGGGUGUUGCACGAGCAGCCCCAGGGCUCCGGUGUCACAGCUCUGGAGUGUUGUGCCCAUGAGGUGCUAUUGGCCUCUGGAAAUCGCUGUUUCUCUCAGGUUCUGAGAGGUUCCGUGCGUAUUUGUCUCUCCUCUGUUAGGGUGAAGGAGGCCUGUCCCUGUGCUUGGCUGUUGCUGCAGCUGUGGUGUGCACAGCUGUUUCCCGUCCUUCCUAGACAAUCCUGAUAGACACAGUAUGUUGCAUUUUUAUUACAAACUCCUUCUUGAGAUCAUGGUGUUUAUGACUGACCCAAGCAUUGAAAAGUGGAGGGAGAAGUAUGAUCCUUCUGCUGUGUAAAUACCUUCCUAGCAAUCAUCAUCCGUAGUGCCUAGUAUGUAAAUGAAGCAACCCUGUCUGAGCUGCAGGGCCCUUUCCUCUCCAGCAGUAAUUAGCAGCUUGCUCAAGGAGUUGAUCUCAUUCCCGUGCUGGUCCCUCCCCGGGCAGCUGGGCAGGUCUGGAGCCCCACGGCCGGGCAGGCAGAGCCCCUGUGCCAGGGGGGCUCCCAGAGGGAUGGAGAGCAAGCACCCCAGUUCCCCCCUUCAUGCCAAUGUAAUGUGCUUGGAAAUGAGUUGUCAGGCUGAGCCCUGCACUUUUCCUUGGGCACAUUUGCCUUGGAGCAGGAAGGAUCAGCUCCUGCGUGCUGUACCUGCUUCAGUCAUUGCUGCUUUUCUUGGGGUGGAGGGAAGCUCUAGAGAUACUAUAUAUACACUUAAAUAUAUAUAUACACACAUACAUGCACUUGUUUUGAGGGGAAAACACUGUAUGAUUGUAAUAGAAAUAAUGUUGAGAUAAAUUAUUUUAAUCUUUGUAUUUAUAUAAAAUUAUCAAAGAAAUCAAAACGAUAAAAAAAAAAAAUCAAAAAGACAGUAUUCCUAUUUUUUACUGAGAAGGCUGCUGGAGCCACUGGGAUCCUGAGAGCCACUGGGGCCCAGGCAGGGCCCUCCUCUCCUGGAGUGGGGGCUCUCACAGACCCUCCCCGGCACUCACACCCCUGGUAAGCUGGCCCUCAGCCUGCAGGGUGUCACAGGGAUCUGGAGGUGCAUUCAGUCCCUGCUCUGCACUCCUCAGGAGUCCAAAGGGCACACACAGCUCCAACCUGCACCUGAAGGCACAGACUGAGGAGUGCAGCCACCACCACCAACGUGCUCGGCAUGGAACGGGCACUGUUUGAUGUUGACUUGUAAAGCUUAAUGAUUAGACUGGAAAUGGAAGCAUAGCAAUAACGCUCGUUGUUAAACCAUGUCUUGUGUGUGUGAACCACCACGUGCUGAGAGCUGUCUGUCUACAGACCAACAGCCAGGCUCCUCUCCUCUGCACCCCCUUUUGCUCUGUAGCUCUGCAGAAGCUUACGGAUUUGAUGUGUUUGGUUUGCUAAUAGCUCUUUUCCUAUUAUUAUUAUUAUUAUUAUUAUUAUUAUUAUUAUUAUUAUUAUUAUUAUUAUUAUUACUAUUAUUAUUUUUCCUAAUGCUGUCUGAGAAAGUGAUGUCUCAAAUGCACCUUGCAGCAGGUGUGAGGUGAGCAGUGGAUGGGGGAACAUGCACCCACUGCACUUGCUGUGGCAGAGCCAGUCCUGGCAACAGGGUGCACACUCCCCUGGACUUACUUUAACCCUGGGCAGAGCAGUCAGGAAGUUCUCCUUCUUGGCCCUGUUGACUAAAAAGCCAUAUUUUGUGAAUGUGUUUGCUGGGGCUAAUCUAAGCACUCCCAGCCGUGUCCUUCCCAUCCCCGCCAGGCUCCCAACCUUCCCACUGCUCUGAGCUGGGACGGUCUGAGCUGGGGCCAGACCCUGCUGGCUUCCCAGGGCAAAGCUUUCUGUGAACAGCCCUCUGGAGGGACUCAGGGGUGCUCUGUCCUGUGCCCAGGAGAGGUGGCAGUGGCACAGCCAGAGACAUCCUGCCUGGAGGCAGCAGUGAGAAGGGAUUGCGCUGCUUUUCCCAAGUUCCCCCCAAGCUCUCUGCGCUAGGAAGGCAAAUCAGCAGCACAACAAAGGACUUUGAUUUUCAGAGUCCUCGUGUACAGCCUUGUGAACUGGCUCCUGCUGCCCCAGUGAAGCCACACCAUCCUGCCUUUUUCCUAGAACAAGUCCCCACAUCCCAGCAGCCCUGAUGAGCCAGUCUGGCUGUAGGGACGCCUCGGUGCACGCCUGUUCUUGUCACCCUCUUGCACUGUCGGCGCCUGGCUGCCAAGUCCUACAGGGAAUGCAACAGGACGGGAGAGAUCUUUCUGCCUCUGGGUUGCCUCAUGCAGCAUCUGAGAUGUGUGGAUAAGAUCAGCAGUGCCGGGCUGGGUGAGCAGGAGGAGCUCAGAUCGAUGAGCACAGCUCUGGAGGAGCCACCAGACAUCAGGGCCUGUUAAAGCACAAGGAUCAAAGCACCGUGUCCCCUCUGUCAGAGCUGCCCUUUGCUCCCCAGGGCCCCAUUUCUGCCUCUGUGUCCUCCCUGCCAGCUCCGGCCCUGCAGGGACGCUGCUGUGCCAGCCCCAGGAAGGGACGGUGCCUCUGGGCAGGACACAGGGUGACACUCGGUGCCACCACGUCCAUCCCCUCAUCUCACACCUCCAUCUGCCUCUCCUCGCACCUUUGGGCAGGAGCAGGGGAGUGGAGCUGCUGCUGUGCGAGAGGUGCACCCAACCCACACCCAAACCGUGCCUGGCCCUCCCUGGCCAGGGUGUGGUUUUGCCUCCUGGCUCUUCCCGAUAGUUUUCAGUCAUCUCGCAGCUUCCAAGAAAGCUCCCCUUUCCUGUUGCUGCAAUUACGGCAGGAAUUAGAUGAUCAGGCCCUGGGAAUGGCCCAAAUCUUUGCAUGUGUGCAGCAGCAGACCCCUCCUGCGCAGGUACAGCCUGAGCUGCAGCCCCCCAGCCCUGCAGGGACGAGCAGUGUCUGUGUGUCCAAGGUCCCCCCAGGGUGGGGACAUCACCUCUGCCUGGCACCGCUGGGAGGGCUCAGCAGAGGGAUGGGGAGGGCAGCACUCCCCGUCUCAGCUCCCCGGGUCCCAGAGCAGCUGUGGUUUCGUUGGAGCAAAAAUAUUGUCCUUGGCUGAGUUAGUGAAGCUCAGUGAGAACAAUAAACGCCUGUGCCUCGUGCUGGGGAGCGCCGCCGCACAGGGACAGAUGCCAAAGGUUUGACACUGCUCGGCUUUAUUUGAAUGUUCAUUUUGCUACAUGUCACCAUUAUUUGCCAGGAUGAUAUUCAUGUUGACUUUGCUUUUUAACCAAGUGCUUUUUAAAAUGUGUUAACAGCCAGAGACUAGAGUAUGGAGCUGUACUUUAGAAGUUGUUGUAAUAUGCCUUUUUCUUAAUAAACAGACGGAAAUCUGCA